UUAUUUUUGGUUACCCGCUCAUUACUCCCGCUUCUUCUCAUCUUCGUCGUGCGCCCUAAAUACCCCCAAAUAAAAGAUUGUACUUAAUUCUUCUUCCCUUUUUAUCUCAAAAUUUGCCCCCAAAUUUCUCAUUUCUAGCAACACCAAGUCAAUACACCUACGCCAAUCACACUUCCUCCUGCUCAAUAGGUGUUCUUUUUUAUUUCUAUUGCUUUUGAUUUUGAUUUUAUGUUUCUUUGAUUGAUUAGAUUUUGGGGCAAUCCUUGUGGAAGACACGACCUGCACUUUGGAGCUUUUCAAAGCUCUCUCCUAUUGCCAGAAAAGAGAACAAGAUAUUACACAGCCGGAUUGAAGCUAUGCAUAUUCAGUUUGCUGAGAAAGAUCGUGGUUCUGCACUUGCAGAGCUAGUGACAAUUUCAGGCAUUGGAAAUAAUUGGUCAUAUCAUAUUUCUUAGUUACUCCUGUUUCCCAUUAAUAUAACUUCAGAAACGAACCCCACUGGCACUAUUCGUGACAUUUUCAUUUCUUAUUUGUGACAGGUGCGAAGGAAGUACUUCUCUUAUCCAUAUUUUUCCAGUGUGCCAUGUUUCAUUAGGAAUCAAAGUUGUCAUUCAGCAUAUAAUUCAAUACACACAUCUACUGUAGCCAUGUUGCAUCAUUUAAGCCUUUUAAAAUUAAGAAAUAAUAAAUGGUAGUUUUUAUGAAGUGAAGAGUUAUAUUUCAAUGGCAUUAUGUGGAAUAUGGAAGUCUUUGUAUGCUGAAUGCGUUCUUGGGAUGCUAUUAUCUAUAGUUUCUAAUCAAUUGUAUGGUAUGUGUAAAUGAUUAUACAGGUGAUAGGUAAAUCUUGUGACACCUUUUCUUUCUUUGUUCAAUUCACUUUAUAGCCUAUUUUUUUCCCUCCUGCGUUGGAUCUUAAUUUUUUUAAAUCACAUGAUCUCAAAUUUCAAUUUCUUUUAACAUUUAUUGGAAGAAUAAUGUGGUCUCAUUUGAUUGUUUCUCCUAUUGCUUCUACUCGUAUUUCUUUUUGGAUGAAUAAAUUUCAAUCCCUCUGUUGUUCUCCUUGAUGUGGAUAUUUCUUGUAAAGAAGUACUUACAUUUUGCCGUUUAUUCAUGCUUACAGGAUAGGAUCAAAUGGUUUGGAGAACUCCAUUGGGAAGAAAGUUUGCGUGAUGCACACACGUUUGGAAAACUUGUUCUGUUUCAGAACUUGGAUCCAGCUUACUCUUCAGCAGAAGUGGAGGAUAUAGUUUGGAAUGCCCUCAAUGAAACUUGCAGAGCAAUGAUGGUGUAGCAGACUGCAUUGUAUUUUUUAUUAUCUUGCAAUGUGUAUAGUCAUAGGCAGGUUCAACUAGUCAGUCUGUUUCUCAUUAUGUAUUAUUUAUUUUAGUUUUGAUUCUAAAUUUUUAUUUUUACUUUAAUAUUUACGACAACUUGAGUUCUAA